UGGCUCAGGUAUACAAAGCCUUUGAAAAUGACCGAAGGCUGCCAGAAUCUACGCAAAAGGCCAAGGAUAUGAAAUCAUUAGUGACAUCGGUUCAGGACUCAAUUGGAAACGCAGGGGUUUCUUACCCUUUUGGAACGAAUAUACUCUGGAGGAGUCGAAGAAGUGGUGACAUUUGUGCCAAUAAUAAUGAAACUAGAGAACUUGCGGAAGACUUACUUUCAAUCAUCACAGGGUUUGUGGCACGACAUAAUGGAUUACGCUAUGCUGCCAAUCACAAAAGAAGAAAAGAUACUGUCCAAGCAAUUCAAAAGUUCCAAGAAGAAAGAACAGCUCGAUGGACAUAUAAUCGAUGCCUUAUCGUGAUUAAAAAAGAAGGUGUCAAACGAAAAAAGAAGGACUUACGGGCUCGAUAUGAAACAAUGAAUGAUUUACUAAAAGGAUAUGCAUCCAAUUUUGCUGCGAAUCGUAAAAACUUUAAAAUGAAGUUCUGUUCUAAAAAAGAUCCACAACAAUCAAUUGCAAUACUUUUUAAACAUUGGGGUAAAUCUUGUGGUGAAUUCUCAUUUCUUCAUAAAAUGAACUCAGCAGAAUCUCUUCCAAA